AUGAGAGGUUUUUGCGACUGUUUCAACAUUAAAAGACAUUGUCUGCUAAAAUCUCGCCCCAGAAAGCGAACUCGGCUAACAUCCGAUUCAGAUGACUGUCUGCCUUUACCGUUUAAAAGAACAGCACAUACUACCAACAUGUCUGCUGCUAUCUCCAAGUCCAAGAAUAAAACACCACCGGUUUCUUCAAAAAAUAUACCAACUGUACCAAUAGAUAUUUUUGGUGCUGUUGACUGUGAUUCAGACUCCUCAGAUAUUUUCGAUUUGCCACUUACUAUUGGUACUACUAAAACUUCUAAGCGUAAAGUGCGGAGCAAUCCAACGCAAAUUACGACGCCUGUGGUUGCAGACCAUACCUAUGCCGCCGUGACAAAUAAAGAAAAUGUCGAUCAUCAGCAUAAAAAUAACUGGAAUAAUAUAAAAAAUGCGCGAGCUGUGACUAUAUUAUCCGAUGUUAAAAUAAACUAUGCAAUUAGUGAUUUAAGGAAAAUGAUCAGCAAUACAAAGCGGCAAAAUGUGUCUUCUUGUGACCUCAAAGUAGAUUUUCCUGAAAUUCUUGAAGGUUCAACAACUAAUUCUGUAUCAUUAAAGUAA